AUGGUUUCAAAGUUUGGAUCAUCGAUCGUUCGAUCGAUGUUCCUGAUUAUUUGUUCGGCAUCGUUGAUUGCUGAUGUCGAAUCGAUAAUAAUUAUCGGAGAUGUGGUCGAUUUAAUUAACGAUGUUACCUCACUAAUUACCGGUAUGGAUGGUCUUAUUGAUUUAAUAAAAAAUGACGACAGCGAUGAAAUAUUUCAAACCAAAGUAACAAAUAAACUCGACAAUAUUUAUAACGCGUGUUUGAAGAUUGAUGAAGUAAAAGACCAAAUUAGAAAUUUAACUUCUGUCGUGGAUGCAAAUGCCAUCAGUGAUAUUUCCAAAACGGCUUUAAGAGAAAAUAUGAAUGACAUUUAUAACCAAAUCAAAAACUAUCGUAAUGAAUCCAUCGGUACAUAUAAUUUUUCAAUUAUUGAUAACAAUGUCUUAAAAAAUAACCUGACGUAUAUUUUAAGGGCUACUAGAUUGGCUAGUAGAAAUUUGUUUUAUGGAGGAAAAAAUAUUUUUGAAAUAGCUGUCGCUUAUUCGAAAAAUGAGAGAAAUUAUCAUCGGGAUUGCAAUGAUAUAUCUGCUUACGAUAAAUUAUACAAUUUUUAUAAAUAUAUUGUGGGAACUGUCACCCAAGGGUACACUAUGAUUAUAAUGGCUUAUGAGUAUCGUAAACUGAAAUCAUCUGAUCCGACUUUCUAUAAGAAUAGGCAACACGAGUAUCUUAACAUUUUUAAACGAACUGUCAUUCAAAUAACUGAAUCUGUACAGCAUUAUUUGGACUUGAAUAACAACAUAAACUUUAAAUCGUCAAUUUCUUGUGAUCCACAAUCAUGGAAAGAAGGAGAAAAUUAUAUUCGUAUCAAAAACUAUGCAUCAUUUAGAACUUCAAAAACCGCUUCAUAUGAUUUCACACAAUUAAACCCUGAUCCGAAAGGAAUCGAAUAUGAAUGCGCAAGUUUUGCUGAAUAUUCAGAUUCGGUUAUCCCAGAACUUAUUUCCACGACACAUUGCCCAAAUGUAUUUAUCAUGCCUGCAUCGAGAACAUUUUCAGAAUCUUCAGACUUUCCAACCCGAAUUAUGAGAAGACAAUGUUCGUCACUUACUUUCUCAUUUUUAGAGAAUAUCAUUUUAUGUUAUUAUGGUAAGUCGGAUCCUAUCCUGAGUGUUCGUAAAUUAAGUUUAUCAUUGCAAACGUGCAAAACUGAAAUAAAUGAAGUUGUUACAAAUACGCGAUUUCAUGUUCAAGAAGGUAUAAUUAGCAUUGAAAUUCAAUGUGGGGUGUUUGUUAACGGCAAAGUUGAUCCUAAUACUCUUAGAUGGAAUACAGAUGAUAGACGUUACACAAGAGAGAAUCAUCCAAACUAUGUUGUACUUUCCGAAACAGUGAAAUCGUUUAAUCUAGAUGAUAUUGUAUUACCUGACGGAGAAUUUGUGACCGGAAUAAAAUUCGAAAAAUUGAAUGAUAGCCAUUUGUCACUGGUACUUCAGGGAACUCAAAUGUAUGAUUCCAAAAAUCGAAUUGUCAGUGGCCGCACUACUUUGCGAUUUCCAGAAAAUACAACAAAUUCAAGAGUGAACAUAGAUAUAAAUCAACUCACUACACCUCUGGAUAUAAAUAAACAAACUUAUGAAUUGAGUCAAUCGGGAACUCAUUACGUCGAUUUAACAACAUCUAAAUGGUCCGAUGAGUACACAGCCUACUCAACAAUACCAUUUUUGGAUAUGCAACCGGUCGGUUUGUCGCCAGCAGUACCACUUGGUGGAAUGGGAUUAUUUUACAAGAGUCAACCUGGCUAUGGCGGAUUUUUGGCUUUCAAACAUAUUUCUCCAAAAUUCAUGCAUUUUAUUAGCAAAGACUAUGUCGAUAAGUUGAUUAUCAGACGUCCAGUUGCUUAGUCUUUGAGUAUUCAAUGUUGUCUACACACAAAUUAUCUAACAGUAAAAGAAGGGAAAAGAAGAAUUAUGAAAUUCGGUAACAUAUAUUUUGAGUGUUUUUGGUAUUAAAUGCAUGGUGAAAAUCAAAAUUCUGACUUGAUGUAUUUAUGGUACCAAACUGUUUAGGUAAUUUUUACUAAAUAAGUUACUGCGUGUAUACAUUACAAUGAAG